CAGAAGUUGGAACGCCGCAUUCAAAUCGCUUCUGCCAUGGUACAAAUAGCGCAGGCUCUCGACAAUGAACAACAGUACAAUUGUUGGUCCGAUAUCCUCAAUGCUCUUAGUCGACUUGGUAUUGCGGGCAUGUCCGACGACGAUGAGGUUUUAGACACCCAAGGAAAACAAGGAAUCAUUGUAUACUCCCCUGCAUUUCGCCAUUCGCAGUUCGAUGAACUUUUUGACAAAGUCGAUAUGACCCGAGCACUUGAGAAACACUUCUUCACUGGUGUAGGGCGAAAACGACUUCCGCGGAUUCGUGGAGAGGAGCAGGUCAAACGCUCCCCUCCUGCAAACCUUCCUCAGUCGUACUAUCGCCCUGACUAUCUGGAGGCUAUGCGGAAGGGCCUUAUGAUUCAGGUGGAAAUC